AUGGGCGACUCUUUGAAACGACAUGAUAUUCUAUAUUUUACUUGGAUGCAGCAGAGAGAAAGGAAGGUGUUCAGCCUGGACAGGUCAUGUAGCAGCAUCAUGCUGGUGUCCCAAGCUGGAAGAGCACAAAACUACAGCAAGUUUUCCUGUUUCUGGGAGACAGAGCCUGUAGGCUGUAGGAGGAUAAGCUGUGACUUCUUUCACAGAAAACCUCGUAAUAUAAAUGGACUUUAUUUGCCACCUAGUAACAAUGUCCCAUUGAAACAGGAUGUCCAAGGAGGCAUUCUGCAUCCAGCCCAUCGUCAGGACUCACUCAGAAAUCAAGACAAUGUUUUAGUACCAAUUCAUCCUCCACUGAUUAUAAACCUCAGUGAUGAAGAGGAUGAUGAAGAGGAUGAUGAAGAUGAUGAUGACGAGGAUGACAACUAUGUUUCUACCUGGAUGCCUAAGACUGUUAUAGAUAUUGAAGAGGAAAGAGCAAUACGGGAUAUAUGCUAUAAAUCUGGAGAGUAUUAUGGGAUUCAGAACCCUUACAAACACCAAUCAACAAAAACUGUGUCUUCACCAUGGCAAGAUGAGUUAUUACCCUUGGAAACUACUGAGCAAAACUUGCAGAAAGGUGAUGGCAACACUAUUCCUAUAAGAUUUAAUAAUACAAGAAAAGAAAAGGAGAGUUCAGAAAGGAGAGUAUCAAUAGAGACUAUUCCCAGAACAGACCUUAAAUCCUUUGACAGUGGAGAAACAAACUACACUGAACUGGUAAAGAACCACCACUUUAAGGAAGUAAAGGAAAAUAAAAGGAUUUCUGACGAGCGAAGAAAUUCAGCUAGUGCAGUAACUGGCAAAGGAAUUCACACUCCAGACCCCAAAGGAAAACCAGGUUAUCAACAAAGGUGUCAAAGUAAGGAUGAUGAAACUGCUUCUUCCAGUCCAUAUGGGAGAGACACUGGAAGAUACAAUCAUUUAAAUUCUCCAGAACCUCGACGAUCAGCUUAUGUCGUCUACCGGACUGUCACUCAAAAACCAAAAUUCAAUGGACCUACAGCAGUACCUGAGUCCUAUGGUCAGAAAGGCUCCAAACAAAAGAAUCAGCCUGAUGCCAAUAGGAGAUUUUGGACACAAACAGAAAACUAUGGCAAAUAUACUUCAGGAUCUUCUAAUUCACCAGCUUGGAGGAAAAGAAAUCCACAAGCAAAACCAUUCUCUAAAUUUAAAAUAACCACUCAGAAUAAAGAAGACAUGGAAGUGAAUAAAAAAGGAGAAAAAGAAACCUGUAAAGGGAAAUAA